UCACAUAUCUACCAAAGAAGGCUAUCCUUGUUUGUCAUCCUAAUUCACAUCAAUUGGAGAUGGCAGAAGCCUUAGUGAAAUCCUUUCUGCAAAGAUCCAGUUCUCUAAUAUGGCUAAAGAAUGAAGGUUCUCCAGGUCUGCAAUAUCAAAUCCAAAAGCUCAAGAACAGACUUGAGGAGAUUGGAAGCUUUCCUGGAGAAGUAGGUAGGAGCAAACAAGAGGAUGGAUUGUUUUUUAACUGGCGGGACGAUUUGAUAGAAACAGUACAUGACACUGACAAUUGUAUCAAUCAGUAUGUCGCUAAGGCUAGAAGCCAAGAUGGGUCUGAUCAGGCACUGUCAAUUGUGCAGUUUGGCUAUGAAUUAGAGAAGAUCAAUGCACGUCUUGCCGGAAUUUCACACCGAAGUUCUCAACCCAAUAUGCCGCUGACAUUGGAAGCAAAAGAGGAAAAUGGGCAAAGUUCUUCUACUGUUGAUGUUGAUGUAGGUAAAGAAUCUCUUGCUCCCUUUGCUUUGAAUUAUAGAAAAUUGCCUCCUUACCUUAGAUCCUGCUUACUCUACUGUUCUCUCUUCCCUGAGAAAAUAAGUAGAGGAAGAUUGGUUCGGCUAAUGGUGGCUGAAGGUAUUUUACAAGAAAGACCAGGGGAAGUCAUGGAGGAUACUGCUGAAGAAAAUAUCAAGGAAUUAGUUGCCCAAGGGAUGCUUCGAGUUGAAAUUGUUGAACCUUGGUUCAAAAGUGAACUCAAAGUUGCCGACCCUUAUCUUAAAAUUUGUAGUCAUAACCGGCAGCAAGGAAAAAGUAUUGCUGGGAAUCUAGAUUUAGAUUCUACUUUUCCUCAGAGUUCCCACAUUGUUUGGAUCCCCUACCGUGGUGAAACUAUCAUGGCAAUCUUGAAUGAUCACCCAAUUCUAUCAUUAUUUGUCAUUCCAGUCUAUUCACAAGGAUUAAUUCCCUGUGAGUAUUGGAAUGAAGGCAUUCCUGAUGAUCAUUGGGCCUGCGUAAGAAAUGCCUUGUAUACCUUAAAUUUUUUGCGAGUUUUGGACUUGGAGAAUCUUAAAAUUAAGAGCUUACCAGAAGAAAUAGGAGAUCUGAUACAGUUGAGGUAUCUAGGCUUAAGAGGUUCAGCACUGGAUGAGAUUCCAGAGAGCAUAGGUAAUCUUCAAAACUUACAAACUUUGGAUAUUAGAUGGCCUAGAAGGCUGAGAGUAUUGCCAAAUGGAGUUCUGAAUCUUCUACAGUUGAGGCACCUUAAGUUGGCACUGAAUGAAAUAAAAGUCCCCUCAGGUAUAGGCAUAUUAACAAACCUCCUAAGUAUAACUGGUUUAUUCAUGAGGCCUGGCAUCAUAAAAGAAUUAAGUAGGUUGACUCAACUCAGAGAACUGCAAUUGAGGGAUGUAUCCCAAGAACAUGCCAGUGAGCUCUCUGCUGCUAUUAUGAAGAUGAGAGGACUUCUAUCUUUCUCUGUAUAUACAAAUGGUCAAGAGGAUGACCUGCUGCCCACAUUGGAGCAAUUUUCACCUCCGCCAUUCAUUAGAAAACUUUGCCUAGACGGGCGUCUAACGGAUCUACCUGACUGGCUCUGCUCUAUGGAGAACCUCACUAUGCUAAGAUUAGGUUUUUCCUUUCUACCUGAGGAAGCAGUUUCUGUAUUUCAAUUUCUUCCUAACCUGAAAUAUCUAACACUCUGGGAAGCUUGCAAGGUCAAACAAAUAAACAAAGAAUUUUGCCGGGUGGGUGGGUUUCUUAAGCUAGAGGUACUUAUUAUUGCUUCUGUGAAUCUGUUGGAAUGGACUGAGAUUGAAGAAGGAGCAUUGCCAAGCUUAGCAUUCCUCUGCUUCCACAAUUGUCCACGAUUGAUGAAUCUUCCAGAAGGACUACAGUAUGUCACCACGUUGAAAGUACUGAAGAUAUUUCCCUUGCACCCAGAUCAUGAACGGAGGUUGAAACGUGAUGGAGGUAGAGAGAAUUACAAGAUAAAACACAUCCAACGACUACGGUGUUUCUCUUCAUCCCUCCGCUCAUGGGUUGCAAUGUGAUGCCAUGUUUUGUCAGCUGAAUGAAAAAUAAAAUAGCGAGGUCAAACACAUCCGAUGGGUACAAAUUGCUCUAGAUUGUAAAUUAUUUUUCGUUUCGACUUCGUAUUUUUAAGAUAAAUUAAGCAGAAUAAGGUUUACUAGAUUAGGCCAAGUUACUGAAUAUACUAUGUUGUGUACUGCUUUUGUAUGGAUUUGAAUAUUAAUUGCAGGUGACAUUGUAGUGAUAUGAGCUAUUUAUCAGCCUCAAGGUUUAAAUUUAUGUGAUUUCUUCUCAGUUCUUUUUUGUUA